UGUUAAGCAGAGCCAGGUGGUUUAUGUGAAUCAGCUGUCGUGGAGAGUACAAAUUCCUACCGGGGUGGAUUCACUUUAUUCUGUAUCCUCUGUCUCUCUGCCUCUGCUUUAUUCUCUCUAUCUCGGUCUCCCUCCCUCCCUCGCUCUCUCUCUCUAUCCUUCUCUUACUCCCACUCGCCUGUGAAAGUACUAUAUCGGCAAGAGCUCUAUGUUGCAGAGGGACGAUCAUUGGCAAAAGACACAAUAAAUGCGAUUAAAGUCAGCCAUCGUGGCCAGACAACCAACUCCGGAGAAACGUUGAAAAUGGCUGGCCAUGUUCCGGGGAUCAAAGAAUGAAGUGCCUGGGAACUUUUCUGGAAGUGUUGUACCCCUGUGAUUGUGUCUGUGUGCUCAGGGAGGCUAUUUUGCAAAGCGAGACCAAUCAUUUCUCUUGAUUCCCUGACUGAGAGCUGGCUGACAGAUGAGGACGGAGUGAGCGAACCCCUCUAUUAGGACCUGAUAUAUUUCCCAAACAAUUUAGUGUAUUCAUGAGGCAAUGCAAAUGUGGAAGGAGCAAAAUUACCGUAAUCAAUUGAAACAGCGAGCGUGUGUCGAUCCAUCGCUCUGAUUAUUUGGAGAUCAUCUAUCAGCCUGAUGUGUAUGUAACAAGGCGAGGUGUCAUUAAAUCGCUUUUAAGUUUCAGUGAUAAGUCCAUGAUCAUUGGGCAAGUGAGUUGGACAAUGAAAAUAGGGCACCUUGGCGGGUGAGGCAAACGCUCCCCGAACAUUAGGUAGGUGACUCUCUGGUCUAAAAGGUGCUGUUUUAAAACAAAGCCACACUGUUGAGACAACACAACACGCAAUACUCUCUGCAAUCCCUUUUUUCAUCUGACAAAGGAAAGAAAGUGGGGGAGGAAAGAAAUAUCGGAGAGGAUAAGUGAUUAUGGAGGUCAGAUACAACCAGGAAACAGAACCGGGGAUGGGGCUGAAGAACGGACUAAAGGAUGGGAAAGACAGCAAGGAUUCCCAGGGAAACCUUUCCAAAACCUUCCUAAAGAAUCAGCAGGAGUCCUUCUCACCAUCUGGGAUGGUGGAAAACGGUGAGAAGAACCGAGCGAGCACGGGGGACCCAGACUACUGCCGGAGAAUACUUGUCAGAGAUGCCAAAGGGUCUAUACGAGAAAUCAUUCUGCCAAAGGGACUGGAUUUGGACCGUCCCAAACGAACCCGGACCUCUUUCACCGCAGAGCAACUCUAUCGCCUGGAGAUGGAGUUCCAGAGGUGCCAGUAUGUGGUUGGGAGGGAACGAACAGAGCUGGCCCGCCAGCUAAAUCUAUCUGAAACUCAGGUUAAAGUUUGGUUCCAGAACCGACGCACAAAGCAGAAGAAGGACCAGGGCAAAGAUUCAGAGCUGCGCUCUGUGGUGUCGGAGACGGCAGCCACCUGCAGUGUAUUAAGACUCCUAGAGCAGGGCCGGCUCCUCACGCCGCCAGGUCUGCCGGGGCUCCUGCAGCACUGUGGCAACGGCACCUUGAGUGUUGCCCUGCGAGGGCCCUCCAUGGGCAUGGCCAGCAAUGGAAGCAGCAGCAGCAGCAGUGGUGCCAGCUCAGGGACGGCCGGGGGCAGUCCCCCUCUGCCCAUAGUGACCAGUUCAGGGACGGUAGCGGGCCUCCAGAGCUCCCCGUCAGCUCAUGGCCUGUUCAGCUUCCCCAUGCCCUCUCUGCUGGGAAGCGUGGCCACCCGCAUGUCCUCCAACCCGCUUUCUAUGGCCGGGAACCUACAGGAACUGUCUGCCCGCUACCUGAGCUCUUCUGCUUUUGAACCUUACUCACGGACCAAUGGCAAGGAGUGUAUGGACAAAAACGUUUUCGAAUGAUGUUUUUGAUUCGUUUCAUUGCUCUCCUUGCUUUUUAUUACCUUGGUUUUUGUUUGUUUCGACCUCUUCUGUCCUGUUUGUGUUGUGGUUGUCGUUCAUGUGAAUCCAAUUGAGCAUCUGAUGCCUCUCGGAGGGAGGAAAACAAAGACAUACAUUUCAUUCUUAUAAGAACAGGGUGAUUGUUUUUAAGCUUUUGCACUAAAUUAAAGUUUCAUCUCCAUGUUGUGAAUUUCAAUACAAGUACUCAGAGAAACAAAUAUCCAUGAGAUUGCAAAGGGGCAGCAUUGCAUUUUUUUGCCACAUUUUCUCACAUUUAUUUUGCCGCAAUAGUAAUCACAAAAAGAGCCACAAAAAUGAGUCUGUUUAUGUUUUGGUAACACAUCACACAUGUUUAGCUACUGGAGGUAAUUGGCACAUUACACACAAAGCUUUUCAGUGAUUGGCCAUGGGUGUAACAUGAUGGUACCUUUUUGGUUUUGUGUUUUAUUAUUUGAUUGUUUUGGUUAGACAGUGUCACAGUGUUUCGAAGUAGAGAGUUAUCAAGCAUUACAGCUUGCGGAGUUCAGGUGACAGACUGUCAGUUCAGGACGGCAUGGUGAACUUGGAGUUCGGCCAUUGUCAAACAUGACAUUUCAGUUUACGGAAAUAUCACAGGUCUCUUUUUUUCCAUUUGCAGAUAGUCAUGAGGAACACAGGCAUUCAACAUACAAAUGCAUUUACAUAUGCAGAUAACCACGAGGAACACAGGCAUUUAACAUACAAAUGCAUUUACAUAUGCAGAUAAUCACGAGGAACACAGGCAUUUAACAUACAAAUGCAUUUACAUAUGCAGAUAAUCACGAGGAACACAGGCAUUUAACAUACAAAUGCAUUUACAUAUGCAGAUGUUUUGCAAUAUGAAACUACAAUAACAGUAUUUUAUACCAGUUUGUAUUUGUUUUUAUGUUUGGGCCAAAACAAACUAAAGAAAAAUGUUGUCAUACAGUAUGAUAGUUCAAUUGUUCUGUGUUAGUUGUUUUAUAAAUGGGUUUGUGAGGGUUUUCCCAAUAUGAUUUUAAACACAGUCUACAUUUGUGACUUUUAUGUCUUAAAGCUGCAGUAUUCCACUUUUUCGUCUGUGAUUUUAAGAAUACUGGAGUGGUAGUCCAGAUUUCCAUGUAAGAGUUGGAGAAAAGCUUGGAAGUGUGGGGUUGGGCAAAGGGAGGACUUAGGAAAGGGUUCUGGAAAAGCUUUUGAACUACAGUAAGCAGCUUGCAUAGUUGGAUAUACAGAAUUGAACUUGAUGCUACAUGAUUGAAAACAGUGCAGAAGGUUUUGCCAUUUUUAAGACCUUUUCCCGUGUGAAAUGUUUUAAGAUCAGUCACCAUGGCGGGAGGUUUAGUAGGGAAGGAGCAUGAGGUGAGUGAAAUUACUGUAGUACAAAAGAAAGAAAUGAGAAUUGUACCUAAAAUUGUUAUUUUAUUGUAAAUUAUUAAUGUCCGUAAUUAAUAGAUGAUUAGUAUGUAUUUCUGAAAAAUAAUGAAUGAAUGAAUGUAAGGGAGGAGGUGAUAAAUCAAUCAAAGCUCUUUGGUGCUGUUGUUGUGAAAUAACUUGAACUUUGUGACAUGUGUGGUAAGAGUGUGGAUACAUAUUAUAUACAGUAUAUAUGCCUACCAAAAAAGCCACGUGUGUUUUUCUUUUGUUCAUACAUUCAUCAUGAUGAUAAUCCAGUUAUGAUUAAAAAAAGGCCAUGUUGUACCUUCAUUGACAAUGGGUUCGAAUAGCAGUUUACUUUAAAAAAAAUUGUAUUCAAAUGAAGUGUUAUGCCCUAUGGAGAGGACCUUUGUCUGUAUUAUUCUAGGUAGCAACUGAAACGUUGCCAGAUCGAAUCCCCGAGCUGACAAGGUCAAAAUCUGUCGUUCUACCCCUGA